AUGCAGUCAAUUUUCUUGCUGCUGGGCCUCUUUGCCGACGCCAUCUCCGCCAGUCCCUUGGGGCAACAUCCGUUGGGAUACCCAACGGAGCCUGCAGGCCUGGCGGAGGGUUUGCGCAAACCUGUACGCGGACGAUUUUUGCACAUAACUGAUUUUCAUCCCGACCGCCUCUACAAGCCCGGAACCUCGAUCGAUCGCUCGUGCCACCACGGUAACGGCCACGCGGGGUAUUUUGGAGCGGAGGGCACAGAUUGCGAUUCACCCUUAUCACUUGUGAACGAGACAUUUCGCUGGAUCGAAGAAAACUUGAAGGAUGAGAUUGAUUUUGUGAUUUGGACCGGGGAUUCUGCCCGACACGACAAUGACGAAAAGCUCCCUCGCACAGCAGAUGAAAUUAUGGAUUUGAAUGCAUUCCUGUCACAAAAAUGGAUCAGCAUUUUCAGCGAGGAGGGGGUUCGUGAGACCUCGAAUGCUGUGCCCAAAAUGUCGAUUCCUGUGAUCCCGACAUUCGGUAACAACGAUAUCAUGCCACACAACAUUUUCAACGAGGGCCCGAACAAGUGGACGAAGCGCUUUGCGGAGAUAUGGGGCCAGUUUAUCCCAGAAGAUCAGCGUCAUACCUUUGUUGAGGGCGGUUGGUUCACCGCGGAGGUGGUCCCCGGUCGGCUAGCGGUCAUCAGCCUCAACACCAUGUACUUUUUCGAUUCCAACAGUGCGGUGGAUGGAUGCAACGCCAAGUCGGAACCUGGAUACGAGCACAUGGAGUGGUUGCGGGUGCAGUUGAAAAUCCUGCGCAGCCGCAACAUGAAAGCCAUCCUCAUGGGCCAUGUUCCCCCGGCGCGGUCGAGCGAGAAAAAGAACUGGGAUGAGACAUGCUGGCAAAAAUAUACGCUCUGGAUGCACCAAUAUCGUGACGUUGUGGUCGGCAGCUUUUACGGCCAUAUGAACAUCGACCACUUCAUGCUCCAAGAUAGCAACAAGGUCAACAUUGAUUCAACGGCCGAUGGGAAAGUGUCCGUCAGGUCCAAGACCGACUACCUUGAGUCGCUUCGAAAUCAAUGGUCCUCAUUGCCAUCGCCUCCAUCGGGCAUUUUCGAGGAGCUUGACUCCAUGUCGAGUCUAGGCGAUUUCUCAGAAGUUGAAUUGGCGAAGAAAGACAAGAGGGGUAAAAAGAAGGAUAAGAAGAAGCAAAAGUUCUUAGACAAGAUUGGAGGCCCGUGGGCAGAGCGAUACAGCGUAUCGCUAGUAGCUCCCAGUUUGGUUCCGAACUUCUUCCCCAGCCUGCGCGUGAUCGACUACAAUAUCACGGGACUCAACGGUGUCGCACAUGGGGUGGAUUUGUUCACACCUAAGGUUGACGAUACAACUUUUGAACUUGAAGAUGAUGCGAUUGAUACGCCAGCACCCAGCGACGAUUCUCUGCUAUCUCCCGAAAUUCAGAAGAAGAAAAAGAAGAACAAGGGCAAGAAAAAGAAACCCAAGUUCAAGGUCCCCGAGCCCCCAUCGUCAACCGCUCCUCCCGGCCCUGCAUACUCGAACCAGGCGUUCACGCUGCUUGGCUACACUCAAUACUACUCCAACCUAACCAAACUCCACGAACAGAUCGCGGCAGGCGAACGAGGCAAGAAUCCUCGUCUCGACUACGAGAUCGAAUACACCACAAAUGAUGACGUGUAUCAAAUGAAGGACCUGACAGUCCGCAGCUUCUUCCAAUUGGCCAGCAGAAUUGCCGAAGAUGGAGCCGAACAAAAACAGACGGAUGUCAAUAUUCCAGACGCAUCAGCGUCUGCCAAGAAAAAAAGAAGAAGCCAAUGA